AGAGCGCUUUUACUACAUGUGGAUACAUGUCAAUGAGAGCUUCGUGAAUAAACAGCGCGUCAAUGGCCGAGAAAGUGUCAGAGAGUGUUUCCGUAAAGUGUCCGGUUUGCGCCGGUGACUUUGAUCCUGACAGCAUUAACGCGCACUUGGACGAGUGUUUACAGAGCGCUGAUGUUCAUCAUCACACAGCAGCUCGAGAGGAACCUUCAGGACCUCCGUCCAAAAAGGCCCGCACUGACACCCCUGACACCCAUCCAGCUGCUGCAGUGUUCUCCGUGUUUCAAAGCAGACCCAAAGCGAGCGAUCAGAAACACAGGACCGAAUCAGAAAGCUCUGGUCCAGGUCUGAGAGUGACGGGGACACCCGAGUGCCCGGAUGCACCUGGCGCAUCCUCACCAAGAGCGUUAAAGCUGAAUAAUGACAAACCCUUGGCAGAAGUCUUGAGACCCAGCACUCUGGAGGAGUAUUUCGGCCAGAACAAGCUGAUCGGAGAGCAGACCCUGCUCAGAUCCCUGCUGCAGUCACAGGAGGUCCCCUCUCUCAUUCUCUGGGGGCCACCAGGCUGUGGAAAGACCACUUUGGCCCAUAUUAUCGCCAGUUCGAUUAAGAAGAAAGGCACAGGACGUUUCGUGACGCUCUCCGCCACCAGUGCGUCCACCAGCGACGUGCGAGAGGUCAUCAAACAGGCCCAGAAUGAGCUCCGUCUGUUUAAGAGAAAGACCAUUCUGUUCAUCGAUGAGAUACAUCGCUUUAACAAAUCCCAGCAGGACACCUUCUUGCCUCACGUGGAGUGCGGGACGAUCACUCUUAUUGGCGCCACCACAGAGAACCCGUCCUUCCAGGUCAACAGCGCGCUACUGAGCCGCUGCAGGGUUCUGGUUCUGGAACGGCUGUCUGUGGAAGCGAUGGGCUUGAUCCUGCGCCGGGCUAUAGACUUUCUGGGACUGCAGGUGUUGAACGGGGAUGCGGUGGAGCGGGACGCUUCAGAGAUCUGCUCAGAAUCUCAGGUGUGUAUCGAGCAGAAGGCGCUGGACACGGUGGCGCACCUGUGUGACGGAGACGCUCGAGCCGCUCUCAACGGUCUGCAGCUGGCGGUACAGGCGUGUGUGGCGCAGGUGCGCACCGCUUCAUCCAAACCCCACGCCGGCCCGCAGCCAAUAACAGUGCGUGAGCAGCACAUUAAAGAAGGACUUCAGAGAUCACACAUCCUUUAUGAUAAAGCAGGCGAGGAGCACUAUAACUGUAUCUCAGCCCUGCACAAGUCAAUGCGAGGCUCCGAGCCCAACGCUGCCCUCUACUGGCUCGCCAGAAUGCUGGAGGGCGGUGAAGACCCGCUGUAUGUGGCCCGCAGACUCGUCCGCUUCGCCAGCGAGGAUAUCGGUCUGGCAGACCCGGCGGCGCUCACUCAAGCCGUAUCAGCGUUCCAGGCCUGCCACUUCAUCGGCAUGCCAGAGUGUGAGGUCAUUCUGGCGCAGUGUGUGGUUUAUAUGACCCGAGCGCCCAAGUCUGUGGAGGUGUACAAGGCUUAUAACAACGUCAAGUGCUGUCUGAGGAAGCAUCAGGGCCCGUUACCGGCCGUUCCCCUGCACCUGCGCAACGCUCCCACCAAACUGAUGAAGAAUCUGGGCUACGCCAAAGGAUACAAAUACAACCCAAACUACAGCGGACCGGUGGAGCAAGAAUAUCUUCCCGAGGAACUGCGCGGUGUCAACUUCUUCACCUGGACGCCCCCCGAUCUAUGACUGAUUGUCUUUUUAAGUUUGGAGUUCUGCUGUUGCCUUUAUCACUGCUGCUGUAUCUUAUACUUAUCACAGCGAGAUUUCACACCUUUGGUCCAUGUUGUGAAUGAGUAAAUAUGCAUUUGCUUAUACAGAGUUUUAUGUAAAACAUGAAGAUUGCAGCAACUGAUUUCCAUUUUUAUCUCAGGUGAGUAAGAAAUGAAUAAAUAGAAACCAUAUUAUUGUACUUUGUAAGUGCAUAAACAUCCCUGAUUUGAAUAUGGGUGAUUUGGCUUUACUCUCAAAUACACACUAUAGAGGAUGAGACUUACAGGAAACAAUUAUUAGUGACUUUUAUAUUAGUGGCUUCCUCUUCCUUUGGUUUCCUCCAAUAUUCAAAGUAGAGGUCGCUCGGUUGAACGUUUAUCUUCAAAACUGAGUUGCAUCGCUGACAAUUCAUGUUUCAGCUCCAUUAAAUGUUUGCACUGUUGUUUUACACUCUUAUCUACAAGCAAGCAAUAAUGUUGUAUAUUAGCAUAUGCUUUACUAAAAUCAAGUCUUGUCUUUCUUUUUCUGCACUGAAGAUGUUGCACUUACAAAUCAUUUUGCAUUUCAAGUCAUUUUGAUUAUGAGUUGACUGACCGUGCUGAGGUCAGUGUAUUAAAGGGAUCGUUCAGCCAAA